AUAGUUGUGGAUAUAUUAAGGGGAUAAACGAGUCCACAGCACAAACACUUGUUGGUAUUGUAAGCAAGCAGUUGGUGGUCAUUAUCUGAACUAGAUUUAACUAUUUCCACAAUUUGUGUAUUUUGGAAAGAUAAGAGGGACCGUUGAUUAGUUGAUUUGUUAAGGUUUAAAUCGUCACCGUCUACUCAAUUUAACAAAGAAGGAACAGAUCGUAUCGAUUUUACGCUGUUCGUAUUGUUUCGUUGAUUUUGAAUGCAGUAACAGCUUGGUAAAAACUUUGGAAAAGGUUUAUAAAAGUUGCGUGCGCAAGGAAGGCGGUAUUUUUAUAUUCGACAACACGUUGCGAAAAUAACCACCAAUAACAUUGCCUUCGGAUAAAAAGACCGUAUACGUCGCACAUGGUUGACUCAAGAAAGAAAACACACGGCGAUUAAUAUACACAGGUGAACUGUUUGUGAAGUGACUAUUUUUAAGUGGGAACAUGGCCACUUCACAUCUUCUUAUUUUUUUCUGUGCCACCGCUGGAAAAAACGGUGAAGAAUUAGGAAAUGAUGAGGAACAGAUAGUCUUGUUUGUUUACCUUCUAUAUGAUGUCAGUAAUUGCAAGGUUAUUGCUGUCCAACAACAUUAUGUAAAACCUCAACCAAAUGAAUUAUCAGAAACUGUACUAACAGAAGAUUGUAAAUUGGAAACGGGUCUCAAUGAAGAAGUCAUUAAAAAUGCACAACCUCUUGAAGUCGUCUUGGACGAGUUCGAACGAUUCUUGUCAGCCAAAGGUGUUCAUCCCGAAAACGGCGGGAAAUCAUUUUGUUUAUUAACAGAUGGUCAAUCCCAUUUAAGACAAUGUUUACACCCAGAAACAUGUACAAAGAACUACAGUUUACCAAGUUACUUUUCAAAAUUCUAUGAUUUACGGAAUGAAUUCAAGAAAUAUUACAAAACAGACAAUAUACAGAACAUUAAAUCUAUGUUAGAUUAUUUAGGCUUACAAGAGGAUCAUUCUGUAGAAUAUGGUGUCCGACAGUGCCAAGAAAUGGCUAACAUUAUGCAUCGACUUAUAAACGACGGCCAUGUGUUCAAUAGUCCAGAAGUUGUUAAUGAGAGAUUAGAACCAGGGAUCUGUAGUAAAAGUGACCUUGUAGAUGACGAAUCAGUAGUCCGUGCACGUGGGUUGCCAUGGCAAUCAUCAGACCAAGAUAUUGCCAGAUUUUUCAAAGGCCUAAACAUUGCCAAAGGAGGAGUUGCAUUAUGUCUAAGUCCCCAGGGACGGAGAAAUGGCGAAGCACUGAUAAGAUUUGACGACGAAAUGAACCGUGAUCUUGCCCUUAAGAGACAUAAACAUCACAUAGGACAGAGAUAUAUCGAAGUAUACAAAGCUACCGGAAAGGACUUCGUCAACGUAGCUGGAGGUAUCAACACAGAAGCCCAAGCAUUUCUGUCUCGUGGUGGCCAGAUCAUCGUACGCAUGCGUGGAUUACCAUUCACAGCAACUGCCUCUCAGGUGCUAGAGUUCUUUGCCAGAGAGCCACACGCAUCCAAUGUCCUAGACGGAGAGGAAGGUAUACUGUUUGUCCACUACCCCGACGGAAGGUCCACUGGUGAUGCCUUUGUCUUGUUUGAUACGGAGGACGAGUCGAACACAGCUUUAAAGAAACACAGGGAAAUCAUGGGAACUCGAUAUAUUGAGUUGUUCAAGAGCACCGCAGCUGAAGUUCAACAGGUGUUGAAUAGGAGCAUGGACCCACGAAACCCGGAGCCAGUUCUGGAAACACAAUUACCUCCUUUGAUAGCCCAGAUUCCACCACCAAAUUCGCUUCCAUACAUUCCACAAAAUAUUAUAACAAGCGGAACGAAGAAGGACUGCAUCAGAUUACGUAAUCUCCCAAAUACAUCCCAAGUAACGGAUUUAUUGACGUUUCUUGGGGAGUUUUCACAGUUCAUUGUAUACCAGGGAGUGCAUAUGGUUUAUACAGCACAGGGUGAACCGUCUGGUGAAGCUUUCAUUCAGAUGGAUUCAGAAGAGUCUGCAGCUUUGACAACCAUUAACAGAUGUAAGCGAGCAAUGGUACAUGCAAACAAAAAGCGAGUUAUAGAAGUCAUUCAAUGUUCUGGAGAAGAUAUGAAUCUCGUUCUGACAAAUGGUAUACCAACUUUACCUCAACCUGCAGCUCAUCUUCAACAGCUUUUAGCACAACAUCGGCCAAUGAUAUCACCAGGUGCACCAACGUUAAUACCACAGCCAGUAUCAACAAUGAUGCCAUUUGCUCAGUUUCCACAGCCACUGCCUGCAGCUUUCCCAGGAGCCAUGCCUGCCCAGGCGUUUCAUCAACAACGACCAGCAUUUUAUCCACAGAUUAUAUACUGGUACCCAAGCCCUCCAAUUUCACCACAGACUUAUCUUACUAAUACAGGACCCGCAGUUAUAGUCAUGCGGGGACUGCCUUUUAAUGCUACUGUUCAAGACAUCUUGAACUUCUUCCAAGGUUUUCCAGAGGUAACACCCGAAGGUAUACAGAUUCAAUACACACCAGAUGGUAGAUCGAGUGGUGAUGUUCUUAUAACCUUCAUGAAUAGAUCGGAGGCAGAACGUGCAAUAAAUACACUUAACAAGCAAACUAUAGGACAGUUCAUUAUCGACCUUAUCAUGGUGUAGACCCUCAUGUUAUUUAUAAACAUUUUGCAUUCCAUAGUAUAGACUUUCACGACAUUUAAAGUUAUUUUUUGUUUAUGAAUGAAAUGUUUUAUUUGAUUCAUUGUAUGUGUUGCAUAUUUAUUUUAUUUCUGUUGAAAUAGUUCAGCUCAUUUUAGUGCUAAGUUACAUUUUCUUUCUAAAAUUAGUCAAGAAAAGUACACGUAUGUACAAGUAUAUUAGUUUCUUUUAUUCUUUUUUGAAAGUUCAAUAGUGUUCUAUUUAUAGAAAUUGGAAAUUCAUUCUCUAUAUAUAUGCAGCACAUACUACUUUUAUGAGUCUUUAUCUUGCCUGUCUCUCAUCUUUAGAUCUGUUGUUUAUGUAUAAACUGCUUCUGGCCAUUUGUUUGUUAUUGGUUAAAUAUAUUAAGUGCAGAAAAACAAUUUUGGAUACGUAAAAGUAUUCUUUUCAAGUAUAUAUUCUUCAAUCAAAAAGCAAUACAGCUUUUAGGCAUCAAGUACAAUUAAUAGUAUAUUUACAGUAAGCUUAAUUAUAUGCAUUGCCUAUGUUGACCAUAAUUUCAACAAAACAUAAUUUGUGAAUUCAAAAAUAUUCUCGAUUUUCGUAAAUUUUGAAUUUAAACAUUUGAUAUCAUUGACAAGUAGUCUUAGUGAAUAGGUUGUGACAAAAUGGUAGUGCUUUUUGGAGUCAUAAAAUGGCCAGAUGUAUUUGUUUUUUGUGUAUAUUUUAUUUGUUUUAUUGUUGAUAUUUUGUUGAGAUUUUAUUAUGCAUGCAUAUUAAGUGCCUUAUUGCGAUAUUUAAUGUCUUUCAAUUGAGAUCUGAGAGGUUUAUGAAGCUCAAGUUCUUCCAACAUAUCAUUCAACAUUCCAUGACGCGUACGCCAGGGUUGCCUACUUUAGUGUCAUCUGUUAAUUAAUUGGUGUUGCAAAAAUCUAUAUUUGAUAAUCAAACAUUUACAUGCGGCUAAUUUGUAAAUUAUGCAAAGAAAUUAAUCAGAUCUAUUUAUUUCAUUAGUUAGUAGACAUCCCGUAGCAUCAUCUUUGGAAUUUAUGCUUCAUUUUUAAACUGGCAAUCUCUUUAUUUGAACCAGACUGUAUGUGUUCAUUUUAGCCCAUGUAUGUACCGAGUCUAGUCAAAUUACAUUUUACAUAUAAAUUGUUAAUGAGGAAUACAGUGUAUGCUUUCUUUUCUAAGUUUUAUUAUUACUGUUGGUUGAACAAUCUUCAAAUUAUAAAUAUUCUCGGAGAGAAAAAUGAUAUAUUUAAUAUUUCCUUAAAGAGAGUUGCCCAUGACAUUUGUGAAAAGUUGAUUCGAUUUUAGGUAUCAUUUUGUUAGUCUUUAAACUGAUAUUGUUUGUAAUUUACUAAAUUAUUGUUAAAAGUGCAAUAUAACUUUUAUCGAAUAACACAUUUUCAACCCUAGAAGGGUAUUUUGGUUUCAUUCUGACUAACCAUAAAUCUUUGAAAUUAAUGUUAUAUAAGAUUGUGUUUUUAUUUUGUAUGUAAUAUACAUGAUGUACCUCACUUGAUUGUAAUUACUUUGUACAUUGCUCUACGCAAAUGUUAUUUGCAUUGUAUAUACUAUUUGUAUGCUAAUGAAUCAUUCAUUGCAAUAAAAACAUAAUUUUGCA